CUCGUAUUCUGAUUUAGUAAUUUUCCCGCGAAAGCAGCCAAACAAGAAAAGCAGAGAAAAUAAAAGUGUUUUUUUAUGUCUAGAGUUUAAACACCCAUUCUCAUUCAUUCUAGUCCACAAAGGUGCAUGUAGAUGUUUCCCAAGUUGCUGUCUCUCUUCUUCCACCACCACUCUCUCUGUCUUUGAUUAUCAACAAUUCAACAUCAACAUGGAUCCAUGCCCUUUCGUUCGCCUCAUGGUUGAAUCUCUCUCCCUCAAACUCCCCUCUCCGGCCAAACCACCACCUCUCUCCGGCGUCCACCCUUCAACCACUCCAUGCUUCUGCGAAAUUCAGAUUCACAAGUCUCUUCCAAUUCACACUGCCCUUCUUCCCCUUUCUUCCUCCUCUGCUCCCGACUCCACCGCAUCCACCUCCGCCCCCGCCUUCCACCUUGACUCCGCCGCAAUCCGCCGCCUCUCCGCCAAGCCCCUCACCGUCUCCAUCUCCGUCUACAACGGACGUAAGGGCCGCACGUGCGGCGUCCGCUCCGCCAAGUUUCUCGGCCGUGUCCGUCUCACCGUUCACCUGAACUCCGCCCUCUCUGGCUCUAACACAUUCCACAGCGGGUGGUUCAAGUUGGCCAGGAACGGUGACGGACCGGGAAAUGAUAAGCAAUCAGCUCAGCUUCAUCUUGUGGUCCGGUCUGAACCGGAUCCGCGGUUCGUGUUUCAGUUCGGCGGUGAACCGGAAUGCAGCCCGGUGGUUUUUCAGAUUCAGGGGAAUAUCAAACAACCUGUUUUCAGCUGCAAGUUCAGUGCUGAUCGAACCUACAGAUCCCCGUCUCUCCCAUCAGAUUUUACAAACAAUCCUAGUAGUUGGAGAAGAUCCUUUUCAGGUGACAGAGAAAGAGAAAGUCAAGGCAGGGACAGAAAGGGUUGGAUGAUCAUGAUACAUGAUCUCUCUGGCUCACCUGUUGCAGCAGCCUCCAUGAUCACUCCCUUUGUCCCUUCCCCUGGCUCCGAUCGCGUGUCGCGAUCAAACGCGGGCGCCUGGCUCAUCCUGCGCCCCAACGGCGCCUCCUCCGCGAUCAGUAGCUGGAAGCCCAGGAGCCGAUUAGAGGCGUGGCGAGAGAGAGGACCUGUUGAUGGAUUGGGCUACAAGGUUGAGCUUUUCUCUGACAAUGAAAACAGAAUCCCCAUUGCUGAAGGCACAAUGGGUGUGAAAAAGGGUGGCCAGUUCUGUAUUGAUUACAAAGUGAUGAAGGAUUCUGGAUUGGGUUCAAGGGUACCAGGGGAAGGAUUUGUGAUGGGAUCAAGUGUGGGUGGUGAAGGGAAAAUUAGCAAGCCUGUUGUGCAAGUGGGAGCACAGCAUGUGAAAUGCAUGGCUGAUGCUGCUCUUUUCAUUGCACUCUCUGCUGCUAUUGAUCUUAGCAUGGAUGCUUGCAUGCUUUUCUCUCAUAAACUUAGGAAGGAGCUUUGCCAUGAUGAACAAGAUUCCCUUUCAUGACUUACAUGAAAUCAUUUUGAUUAAUAGCAUGUUUGGUUCGAGUUGAAAUCUUUCACAAUCACUUCUCCUUUCUCAAAAGCUACUCUUGAUAACUUCUUUCGGAAGCACUUCUCAUCCCGACAUGACCAACAUGUGUCAAUACAUGUUUGGAAUCCUUCUACAAUUGAUUCUAAAUCCUGAAUCAACUUUGAGAGAAGUUUCUAUGAGAAGCUUCCGUGUGGCAGAAUUGAUUGUGAGGAAUGAGAAGCUGAUUCAAACAAUUAGUACUGCUCUCUAGUCUCUCCAGAGUGGGUGAUUUUGGUUUGGGCAAAUUUAGCUUCAAUCCAGAACUUCACCUCAAGAUUCUUUUACAUCUGAUUUUGUCUCACAAAUCUUUGACAUUCUUUCUGCCUUUAUCUGGGAGUGCUUGAAGCUGUGUUUUUUAAAAUAGAUUUUAGGCCUUCCUUCUAGUCACACAUUCUUGCAAAAAGAUAUAUAACACAUUGUUUUGAAUUUGAUUGCCUUUGUGUUGGGUUUUGUAAGAGCUGAAAGUUAGGGGAGUGAUCACAAUUCAGUAAGGCAGUGCUACUGGUUAUACUUGUAAGUCUGAACAGAAGAUUUGAGCUGUACAAAAAGAUUCAUUGCACAUGUCUAUUUAUAAUUUAUAAAUGUUUUGAUGCAAUUUUCUGUUAA